GCUGCCUCGUCGGCCGUCUCGAUUCCAAACCCUAGUCAACCCAAUACGCUUCGACGCCAUGGGCGUCUCCGAUCCCGGCUUCCUCAAGUCCGUCGAGCUCCGCCUCAUCCGCUGCACUCUAUACCGGGAACUCCCUUUCUUCCCUCCUGCUUCCCCGACUCCUCCUUCAUCCUCCCUUUCCUCACGUCAAUCAUUCCGCCCCCUCGUCGAGGCCGUCGUCGACUCUAUUGAGAGGGGGCGCUACAUGGAUGCACUCUCCUCCGACGCCUCCCGCCUUGUCUUCGGCUUCUCAGAGUCAUGGGAGUUUCAAGAUUCCGCCGCCUGCGCCGCCCGGUUCUACGAAGAGGUCGAGCUGAGCGUGGAGGCCUUCCUGCGGGACGUUGGCUCGGUGGCCUGGCUCCAAGUUCUUGAUGCAGAUUCUGACCCGGAUGUGGAUGUGGAGGGCAGGUGCGCCUUGCUGAUGUGCCUCGGCGUCGCGGCGCUUCUUGCCUUCACGCAGCAGAACGUGACUGGGCCUAUUGGGAAUUUCUCUCCUUUCCCUCUGGCAUUUCCACUUCUGAAGGAGGGGAUUAGUGAUUGCGGAGGUGAGUGGGACGUGUGGGCACGUAAUCAAGUGGCUUCAGUUGGAUCAGAUGUGCAUGGGAAAUUUGCGCUCUUGCAGUACAUUGUAUACUCAAAGAUUUUGUUGAGCAAGAUAAAGGAGUUGGUCCUUGAGGUGGAAACAUCUUAUAUAAAUGGUUGCAGAAGUCUAUAUUGGUGGUUAUGUAGGCUUUUCUGUCUCCAACAAAGGAUUACAGAGGAGCUGUCAUCUUCUCUAUAUGAUCUACUGCAGUUAUUCAAGACUAGCACUUUACAUCAGUUUGGAGAUUUUGAACAUGUUGCUGGUUACUGGGGUACUAUGUUAAAUGAAGGGGAAGCUUUAGCAAUUGUGUCAUUGGCUCAUUUAGAGGCAGGAAUCAUUGAACAUAAAUAUGGCCAAAUUGAUUCCUUCAGGUCACAUCUGGAAUGUGCUGAAAAAUCAUGUGGACUGCACCUUAUUGUUACUGGUGCUCUUGGAUUCCGGACAAUACACCAGGUAGAAGCAAAGCCUCAGUUGAUACUUGCUGCAAACAAUCAUGAACAAAGCCAUGUGCAUCUCUCUCAAGUCCAGAGUGAUAGUACUGUUUCUGAAAGUAAGGAUGCAGUUGAUCAUAAACUUGAUGAUUGUUCUGAUGUACUAAUGACACCAAAAUUAGUAAAAAAUGGCAAGAAUGAUGAUCUUAAUGUGGAUCUUACUCACAUCAACAAGGAUAUUAAUUUGACAUUCAUCCAGCAAGCUGUUAUACUUGCACAAUGCUUACAUCUCCAGAGGAGAAGUCGUGAUGAUGAAUUGUCUGGGUGGGAAAUGGCCCCAUACAUUGAGGCUAUUCAUUCUCAACAUCAAACUUGCUACACUAUUAGUAACUUCUGUGACAUUCUGCGAAUCCGAUGGGAGUCUAAACGAAGUCGAACAAAGCAGCGGGCUUUGCUUAUGAUGGAUAAGUUGGUUCAAGUUAUUUUUGAUGCUUCUCCUGUGACUGCCCAAAGGAUUCAGCUAUGUUAUGGGCUUUAUAUCCCAACUGUUUCAGCACUGAGGAAAGAAUAUGGUGAGCUGUUGGUGAGUUGUGGUUUAGUUGGAGAGGCACUAAAAAUAUUUGAGGAUCUUGAAUUAUGGGAUAAUCUAAUUUACUGCUAUCAAUUACUAGGGAAAAAAGCAGCAGCCGUUGAUCUUAUCAAGUCACGCCUACAUGACAUGCCUAGUGAUCCAAGAUUAUGGUGUUCACUUGGUGAUGCAACAACCACUGAUGCUUAUUAUGAGAAGGCAUUGGAGGUUUCAAAUAAUAGAUCAGCCCGGGCUAAGCGAUCAUUGGCUCGAAAUGCAUACAACAGGAGUGACUAUGAGACGUCAAAAACUCUUUGGGAAUCUGCCUUGGCUCUUAAUUCACUGUAUCCUGAUGGUUGGUUUGCGCUUGGUGCAGCUGCAUUAAAGGCCCGAGAUACUGAUAAAGCAUUAGAUGCAUUUACACGUGCUGUGCAGAUAGAUCCGGAUAAUGGAGAGGCUUGGAAUAACGUUGCUUGUUUGCAUAUGAUCAAGAAGAAAAGCAAGGCUGCAUUUAUUGCUUUCAAAGAAGCCUUAAAAUUCAGGAGGAACAGUUGGCAACUAUGGGAGAACUUCAGCCAUGUUGCUCUUGAUGUAGGAAACAUUCGCCAGUCACUAGAAGCCACAAAAAUGGUACUAGAUCUGUCGUCAAAUAAGCGAGUGGAUGUUGAAUUGCUGGAUAAGAUAUUGAGAAAGUUUGAAGAUCAUGAAAAGAACGCUAACUCUGAUCUCUCUUCAAGUGAUAUUUUUGAUGCUGAAUAUUCUUUAGUUGAGCCUUAUGACACACAAGCCAUCCCUGCAGAACCACGGGAAACUGAGCUCUUGUUGGACAUGCUUGGAAAUAUUAUGCAGCAGGUUAUCCGUAAUGGUGUCCCCGAAGAUAUAUGGGGUUUAUAUGCAAGGUGGCACAUAAUCAAAGGCAACCUUAUUAUGUCUUGUGAAGCCCUUCUGAAGCAAGUUAGAUCCUUCCAGGGCUCUGAGCUUUGGCGUGAUAGAAACCGAUUUAAAAAAUUUGUUCAUGCUUCCUUGCAACUCUGCAAAGUUUAUAUGGAUAUUGCUUCCUCUACUGGAAGCUGUCGAGAACUCUUUACAGCUGAAAUGCAUUUGCGAAGUUCGGUUAAACAGUUGGAUUUUAUUCCUAUUAUAGAGGGUAUAGCACUGACUAGGGAUGUGAGUAUCUAAAGUUGCUGUUCCAAUCCAAAGCCCCCUGGAGAAGUUUUCUGGUCAUAUGAUGUUUGCACCCACUAAAAAUUUGGCUGGCUUCAAUCCGGACUUGGUGAGGAUUUACUUGAAAUUUAAGCCCUUAUUUUUUGGGUACAUAUAUAAGAUUGUAGAAUAAAAUGUUAAGAUCUAGUAUAUCCAAUGCUGGAGGUUAUUGUAGGUAAAAUCUAUCUUCUGGUUGCACUUGUUUUACCUAGACUUUUCUGAUUAGAAUUUGGAUCUACUUUUAUUUUUUAAAGGAAAAAACAAUAAUCUCUUCAUGCCUCCCAAUUCUGUUUUUCCAAACUUGUUUGAUAUGUUUAAAUUUUACUUCUCUUAAGGGCAUUCAAUUUAUAACUAUGUUGUUCUUAAUGAAUAUCAUCUUAUCAUGUUUCAUCAGACUUCAUCUACUUGCAUAUUUUUUGAAGUAAGUGAAUCCCAG